CACUAGUAUCAAGUGCACUGGUCAUUACUCUGUUAGAGACCCUACAAUGGCUACGGAAGUGAGGACCCAACUGGGGGAACAUCCACUGAUGAGUCCAAGGCCUGAGCUGAAACCUGAGAAGAAGCCAGGACACAGGCCAAGAAGCCACAGGGACGGCGGGCCACAGAGAGAACUGAUGAUCCCAGGGAUCGUGGAUCUUGAGCUGAUCCGAGAGGCGCCGAGGACCCCCAAGCCCCAAACCCCAGGUGCCUACCGCUUCGGCCGUCUCAGCCACCAUUCCUUCUUCUCCCGGCACCAUCCGCACCCCCAGCACGUGACCCACGUCCAAGAUCUCACUGGGAAGCCUGUGUGUGUCGUCAGGGACGGAUUCUCUCUGGCUGCCUCUCCUCAAGCCACACUCUUAUCUCGCUAUCUGAUCGGGAUGCCCACCAUCUCUGUCCCCAUUGGAGACCCACAGUCCAAUCGAGACCCUCGGCUUCCUUCUGAGGCCUGGAAGAAGGAGUUGAAAGACCUGGCUUCCCGGGUGGCCAUCUUCACCAAGGAGAAUGAGCUGAAGAACAAGAAGAAGGAGAAGCCUCAGCGGGAGCAGGGAGCAAAGUACUCAGCAGAGACUGGUAGGCUCAUACCUGCUUCCACCCGGGCAAUGGCCCGCCGCCAUUCCUGCCAGGGCCUACGAAACCACCCUUCGAGCGGAGAUGGAGGAGUCCAGACCUUCAUCCUGCAGGAUCAGGAGUUGCUGAUCCUAGAGCUCCUUUCUCAAAUCCUGCAAACAGACUCCUUGAAUGCUAUCCAGUUCUGGCUACUCUACGCUCCCCCCAAGGAGAAAGACAUGGCACUAGGGCUCCUGCAGACAGCAGUGGCACAACUCCUUCCCCAGCCCCUAGUCUCCAUCUCAGCAGAAAAACUCCUGAACCAGCUCCAGGAAGUUCAAGAACUAUCGCAAGAGAGGCAACAGCUACCCUACAGCCAAUCCCCGAAGACGAAGACACCACCUCUAUCAAACAGCGAAGAACCAGAGAACAUCGGGAAAGCACAAGUUCUCCGCAUGCACUCAAGCCAGAACCCAGAGAAGGCGUCAAAGCCAAAGGCAGAGGGCUAAGGAGUUCACUUCCCUCUUCCCGUCUUGCUCAAGAGAAGCCCCUGAGUUCGAAGAUUCAACCCCGACCUCCUCGACAGCAAUACCUGUUUUCCUAUCACAUGAAGCCUAUUAAAACACUGUCUU